GUUCAGUUUUUACGGCGUUUGCUGUUUCGCUGGAUGGAGAAUUUGAGCAGUGGUGCACUUUGCGUAUUGACGGUAUCAAAGAACACCGUGUUUUGUCCAACCAUCGUAGCACCAGCAACCUACAGAUUACCACUCAAUCGCGAAACCACAGCAGACCACAAAGGGUUAAGGUGAAGGAAGAAUGGACAAGAACAGCAAUGAGGCAGCCGCGGAUUCCACCCUGUCCAUCGGGGCAGGUGGAGAGCGUGACGGUAGGAGCCUCGAUGUACGCGAUGACGACCACUACCAGCAGCUUGAGGAGAUGCGCAUGAGGAGGCUCUUUCUUCUGCUUGGAAUAUGCACGACUAUGCCUUGGAACAGCUUGCUGACAAGUUUACCGAUCUUCUCCCUUACGUAUUUCCCAAUGUACAAAUGGGGAACCUGGAGACCGUAUAUCCCAUACACGCACAGUAAUGCUUUUGAUCGGUUUUGGUCUCUGUGGAGCGCCAACACUCUAGGAACGGCUGGAGGAGAAACCAAUCUGCCCCGACUAGCACAGGCAGCCUCUCAUCACAAUAUGUACGUGUACUGACAAGUCGGCGUUCGCUGGAAGUCGAUGACUGCCACAACAUUGCUGUCUCUUUUUCGUUCAGCGCUCAGAUCAACUCAGCAGCCCUCCUGUUGAUCCAGCCUUUGCUUGGAUGGAUCAUGCCGCGCAUUUCUUUGGCUUCCUGUUACCUGUCCUCGCUGGGAGCUCUGCUAGUUGCAACCAUCCUUGUACCAGUGUUCGGCUAUUUUUUUCAGACGACCUUUCUUGGCCUCGCGACCUGUCUAUCCGCUCUGUUCAUCCUUGCUGCAGCAGGUGCAUUUCUGCAGGCUACAGCCUUCAUUCUUGCGGGCUCUGUGACAGACGAGAGAUACUUGUAUCAGUUCUUUGUGGGUCAAGCGGCGGCGGGAGUUCUUGCAGCUAUUUGUGGUUUUACGCCGUACCUGAUCCGACAGAUGCUUCAACACGGAGGGUGGCGCGUCGUGCCCUUAAGACCGAACUUUUCCGUCGGUGUCCCUCCUGGAGCUGGUGCUGAGCCUGGACACACUGAUUUUGAACUGAUCAAUACGCGUGUGCACAGUUCACCGGGCGACUCUAUGUUGCACGAUAAUGAAUACUUGUGGUCUCUGUGCAGUUCGAGUCUCGCGUUUAUUGUAUGUACAUGCCUUACUCUCAUCUGCAUCCUUUCUUAUCGAGCGCUGAACCAGUCGCGGUUGUUUUCCACCCUUCUUGCUCUCCCCGCCUCGUCCCAUGAUGCCGAUGAGGCCCCGCUGACGGAAGAGGUCGUUCCUUUGGUUUCGGAUGCCAAUCCGAACGUUCACGUGGAAACGGAAAACACCUCGGUGUCAAGUGCACGAUCCCAGCGGGAGGGCGAAACAGCAAACGAUGCAGGCAAAUUUGAUCGCGGCAGUGAGAAGCCCGGAGGACGCGGUCCAGGCGGCGACGUUUCCGUGAGCACAAGUGCAGCAACCGAACAAGCCAAGUGGAUAGAUAAAAGAGUUCGGGUCGAACAAACGAACCUUUUCCUUACCCUCUUUGUCACCGGCCUACUUUUCCCAGCAAGCACGGCCGAAUGGCGCCCACAAGCUUCCUUGGUUGCAUCAAAGACUGGAAAUGCAGCCAACGUCACCGUGUUGGCGCUCUUUAUGUCGGGCUUCACUGCGCAGCAACUUCAGCUGUUUCUGGCUACCUGCUUUCAAGCUGGCGACCUCGUCAGUCGCCUUUUCACCAGGUGGUUCAAGUGUUGUCUGCUCGAGUCUGAGACGGCGAAGGGAAACCAGUUGCAUGCAGAAGCCGAAGCAGCGGCCAGUGAGGCAGCAGGUCCCCACCCUUUGCCUUCCUGGAUUAGGAGAGAAGACGAGGAUGACGACAACAAGCUAACAGAAGGCAGUGAAACCAGAAGAGUGGAGAGGCAGAGUGGACGUGAUCACGAGGAAGGAGAACGCGACAGGCUGCGAGCGGAAUCUGCAAAUUCGCCUCUCACGGUGCCUGUGAUUCUUCGCUUCCUUUUCGUCCCGCUGUUCAUCAUUUCCCAGCUUGCCACGCUUCCGCCCUCAACUCCUGCCGUGCCUUUAACGGCAUCUUUCGAUUUGAACGCCGUUUCCGGAGUCGUCACUCUACCCGUCUCGUUUGCUCGUUCUUCGCCUUCAACUCGUUUGUCUCCAUUUCCUGGAUCCGCGUCGCCGUCCUCGCUUGUGAGUCUUGAAGAGUCCGCGACGGAAGGCGGCGCUUCUGCCACUGCCUCGAAUACCGCCUGGGGGUUCUUUCUGCGUCUCAUCUCCAACGACUACGUUCGUUUAUUUCUCAUGCUGGCUCUCGCCAUCAGCAACGGCCUGUACGCAACCAUCGCGGUUCUCAACGCGAAUGCUGCUGCAGCCGCUUCCGCUCGCCAGUUUGCAAACGCAGAAAGGGGAGAGACCGAAGACGCAGGCAGAGGCGAAAAGGGAGUGCAACAACGGGGACAAGCCACCGAAGACGAGAGGCCCAGGAACAGAGGAGCGGGCCAGGAAGAAGACGCCGGAGAAAGCGGAAGCGAAACGCCUUCCAGCAGACAGCCGUUGCUGAAGUCAGAAGAUCGAGAGUCUCCUCGACCCCACUCAGCCGUUGUCUCCGAGGACAGAUACGGUAAAAUGGAGACUGGGCUGCCUCUCAGACGGAGAAGAAGCGCAGUGGAGAGAUUUUGCAGAAAAAAGAAACAAGACGUAGCUUUCGGAAUCAACCUGGGCGUCGUCGCAGGAGUUUGUGCAGGCAGUUGGUUUGGAGCCGCUCUCCAGUAUUUUGUGCCAAGCAGUUGGUAGGUCUCAAGUGAGCAGGCGUAGCGAGGCAUUGAGCAACUACGUCGAACGAGAGCCAGGAAGGUGAGGGGAGACUCAGUGGCAGACACAUAUCGGUGAUAAGAGGAGCGUGAGGAACGAGGUCGAAUCAGAGACAGUAAAGCGUUGACGGCCGGAGAAUUGCAGCGAGUAAAAUGAGGGGAACGACACGGAACUCGAAUGCAAGCAAUCGAACAAGAGGAGAGAGAGAAGGGGAUCACGGAGAAGAAGCACUGUUCUAAUGGGAUGGAAACAGAACCAGAGGAAGACCGACACGAAGUGACAGAGACGUGAUAAAGUUGACAGCAAAGCAAGUGCGUAUAUGGCGCUGGAAGGACCUUCCACGCAUUUGAGGCGGGUGUCACUUCUGCUUUCCUGUUUAUUGCUGGCUGUUGUUCAAGUGCAUUGGCGACUCCAUUUCAAAAUGAGUGCGGUGCGAUGUGGAAGCUUGUACGCGCCAGCAAUUUAACCUUGUCUGUGGAGCUCCGGAUUUCUACGCGGCUUCUGACUGCAGCGGAUCGCAACACGGAUUGAGUUCUUUUUAUGCUCUCUGCACCCACGCGUUGAUAUUCUGUUUCUCUGGAGCAGAAAGCUGUCGACGACGCUGCUGUCUGCCGUGCACCCCGAAACUUUUCGUAACAGACUAGUGCCAGACGCAGUAUGUGUGAAGAAAAAAGCGGGGGAUGCAGUAAUCAUGUCUGCUGGCGGUUUGGCUGGUAGAUCAUUCACUCCCGUCAUACCGCAGGCUGUGGAACAGCAUUGGUUUCUUCGCUGCUGCACUGUUCACCUACGUACACUCCAACUGAAAUGCAGAUGUAGACCAACCAAAGCACAGGUAAGCAUUUCGUUGAAAGGACAUCAGCGGUGAACUUAAAUCUCAUGGACGGGACACGA